AUGCUCGGUCCCCCUGCAAACGUCCCAUUACCGCCCUCUCCACCAUACAGUGGCGACGACUCACCACCGCCUACUAUAUCGCACUUGGUACCUCCCAACGGACUCACGACCCCAGAUAGGACUCCCUCGAUAAGCUCAUCAUUCGGUGAAUCGUCUUCUCCCACUCCGCAUCAGCAUGCACAAGCCGAUGUUUCCAAAAUGCUUCGUUCAGAUGAUGACGAGCGUAUAGUUGGUGGUGUGUCGAAAAGACAAAAUAGUCCGAGCGACGCAAGUGGUAGUGGUAGUGGUGAUGGAUCAUUAAAAGGUCAUCAGAAGAGGUAUAUACCUAAACUGGAGGAUUUUCAGUUGAUCAGGGUGCUUGGGAAGGGUUGCGCAGAUAGGGUUCUCCUGGUGAAACAUACUCCAUCAAAUAGUGUCCGAGCCAUGAAAGCCAUAUCGAAACGAUCCGUCUUGACGCACGAUGAACUGAAUCAUACCCUGACCGAACAAUCGAUCUUGAAACGAUUCGCAAUUGACGAACCCAAUAACAGGUUCGUAUCGAGAUUACAUAGUUCUUUCACGGAUAGAGAGAAUUUCUACUUCGUCAUGGAAUUUUAUCCAGGUGGUGAUUUAGCGACUCAGAUGGAAUUGCAUGGGAUAUUGGGUGAUCAUAGGACGAGGUUUUAUGCGGCUGAUAUAACACAGGGAUUAGAGGAUUUACAUAGACAUGGUAUAAUAGUACGAGAUCUAAAACCGGAAAAUAUACUGCUAAAUGCCAAAGGUCAUGCGGUAUUAGCGGAUUUCGGAUUAUCCAAAGAAUUCUCUUACCGAGGUGAACCAAAGCCUAUACAUGUGGUCACCUACCCGGGUCAGCCUGCAUUACCUCCCUGGGCAGGUCAGGGAGCAGGGAGCUUGAGGACCUUGGCAAGUGGCCAGAAGAAGUUAAUGGUGGACAAGGCUUAUUCUUUCGUCGGAACCUCCGAAUAUCUUUCUCCCGAGGUGGUCAAGCGGGGUGAGUAUUCGUACGCGGUCGAUUGGUGGGCUUUGGGAUGUAUUGUCCUGGAGGGAUUGGUUGGAAGAGUACCUUUCAGAAAAGCGGAUGAUGAACCCCCGAUGGUCUUGUGGAAUCGAAUCCUGUUUGAUCCUUGGGAUGAGCUUUUCCAUGAUCCAAAAAUGGCGAGAUUUAUGCCUGAUCCGGUCACUUACAACUUCAUCGAUGCGCUGCUCCAGAAAGACCCGAUGUGGCGUUUAACCGAACCUUGUGUGAAGCAACACGACUAUUUCGCUUGGCUAGACUGGGACACAGUACAAAAAGGAGAAUACCAAGAUCCUCACGGUCUGAAGCUCCACCCGAUAGCAGAGUACAACACGCAUUAUUUCCCGAAACUAUGUUUGGAAGAAGACCCUUCAGUGGACAUGUCUACCCAUGAGUUCCGAGGUGAGGACAAUUUUAAGAAGACCCCUCUGAACGAUAAUGCCUUGUAUGCUUUGGAACAAGCCAAGUAUAGAUACGAAUUAGAGAGUUUUGCUUGGACAAGGGAUGAAGAUGGCUAUGAGACUGUCGAAGAGAGUGAAAUGGAAUACAGCAUAGCGGAAGAGGAAGGACAAAAACAAGAUGAAUAUCAGAUCGCGGACGAGACCGAGGAGAGAGUCGCAAUUGAAGUGACAGAAGGAGACAUAUCGCCAAAAGUGGUCGAGACUGAGGGAUUCGGUUCGAGCUCCGUUUUGGAAAUGGGUGUAGACUCCAAAGAGGAGCGGUAUAAGGACGAAGAAGAUGUGACCAUCCAACCUACUUCAGACUUGUGGGAUGCUUCAGUACCUGCUCCAUCGGUCGCGGCGAUUGUAGGUAUACCAAAAGAAGCCUCGCUACUGGGAUCACCUACCUCAGCGUAUUCCAGCCACCUCCCAGGGGUCGCUUCACCUGCUUCACCCAGUCUUGCUACCAGUAUUACUAGCCCUGAAGAUAUUGCGGUCGAGAUGCUCAAGACUGUCGAGUCAGUCGAACCUCAAGCUGGAACGUCAUCGACCGAAGACUCCCAUGUUUCUGCUCCAUCCCGACCAUCGUUAGACAAGUCUCUUCCUGCCAAAUCAGGUCGGAAUACUUCUCCACCACCUCAAUCUUCAAUUGACAGAAUUGCUCCGCCACAAUCACCCGUCUCACCUCAACUCUCGACACACUGGACCAAAUCGCACCCUGUGCCCAUCCCUUUGCGACCAAAACCCGUACGACAACUAUCCGAAGAGAUCAAUCACAACUUCAACCUUCCCCAGGGAUUACCUGCAUCUGGAUUAUCCGUAUCCGACAUCGUCACCGUGCCCUCACCUCAUCCCGGAUCACCCACUCGAAUAGUCCGACGUCAUCCCCAAUUACCCAGCGUGGAUACUAUCCCCAUUGCAAGGUUGUCUGUUGAAUUGCAAGGUGUAAGGACAUAUAUUGAGGAUGAAGAAUGGGAAGAGUUGUCUAUACCUGAAGGUCCCAAUGCUUCGGCUCCGAAUGGCAAUGGGAACAACAUCCACCAUUCUUUCCUUGGUUUAGGUAGAGUGUUGAAACGAAGACCUUCGACCUUGUUGGGCAAUAGCACAAGUAGUCACGGAGGAGGAGGAUCAGGAUUGAAAAGGCAAAUCAAAAAUUCAGAUACAUCUUCGUCUCACCAAGGAUCAACCAGUCCAACGAAAUCACAUCAACUUCGACCUAAUUUGUUUUCUACCAAAUCAAUCGAAAAUACAAAGAAAGCAUUCAAGUUUGGAACCAAGUUGAAAACCUUCCCUAAAUUGAAGUCGCUCACUUCUCCCGAUACCAUCACUACCAGAUCAGUGAGCGCAACACCUUCCCCAUCUGGUCAUUCACCUUUCGUAGAUCCUCCUACCACUUCUAGCUCAGAUACGAAUAUGCGCAAUAGUGAGAAUACAGAAGGUAAAGAUAAAGAAAGACCUAAGAUGGGAUAUAGGAGACAUACGGAAUCGGGUCUAGGGUGGUUAGGUCGUAAGAAGAAAAUAUCAUCCAUCAUACCUUCUGCAUCAGCUUCAUCUUCUACCUCUUCGAAUGUAAGUGUAAGAAAGCAAAGUACAACCACCAGCGCCACUGCCAACACGAAACGUGGGCCUUCGUCACCGAUUAAGAAGAAUUUACGAGUGGGUGAUAAAGAUAGGACGGUAUCGAAUUCAAGUUCGAUCGUUAGUGUAUCGAAGGAUGAUAAGGGUUUACCUAAAUUGGAAUUGGAUGAUAUACAGUUGAGUGGACUGGACUGGGAACCUUUCAAUGGGAAAGAAUGGGGAGUGAAGUAA